AUGGAUAGACAGGAUAACAUUGUAAUUUCAAAUCAAGAACCACCAAAACGGAAAAAAUGUCAUGGCAAUCGAAGAAAUCAACGUUUUCGAAGAAAAUGCCGUGCUGAAAAAAUGAAAUCAGCGAAAAUAGAAAAAUUAAUCAAGAAAAGAAAUUGUUCUUAUGAGAAAAAUAAAAUACCCAAGACAAAUAUAGAAUCAACAAAAUUAAAAAGUGAUUUAGCACCAACAGGAAAAAAUUAUCAAUCACAACCAAUAGUUAAAACGGCAACAUGCUUUCAUAAACGUAAACGAGAUAUUUCCUCACAACAACUAUCAUCAACAAUUAUAAAUCAAACAAUAUCAAAAACAACGAGUUCAAUAUCUAUUGUAGAAUCAUCAUCAAAAAAAAUGAAGAAUACAUCAGAAACAACGAUUAAAAAUACAAUGAUUCAUGGAGAUAAUAAUGAUCUGAAUAGACAUAUAAAUUAUCGACAACCAAUGUAUUUAACACGAUCAUCAUCUAUACUCUGUCAAAUAUUAAAUAAAACUUUAAAUUAUUCAUUGAAGAAAAAAGAUGAAAAAGAAUUUAUUUUUCAACGACUUCAACUAUUAGAUCAACACUAUUGUUUAGAAAUGGAUCGACAACUAUGGCAAUCCUAUUUAGAUAUUGGUAUACAACAAAAUUUAUGGCCCGAUCAAUUAUAUACUAUGACAAAGACAAAUGACUUCGAUUUAUGUAAACAAUAUGUAACGAAUUAUAUACAAAAUAAUAAAAAGCAAUUGAAUCAUUGUCAAUUUGAAUUAACAAAACAAGAAGAACAAUUUCAAACAUGUCCAAUGAUAGAAUUAUCAUUUGAACAAAUGGAACAACAACUUAAAGAAUUGGUGGAUCGUGAACGAAAAUAUUUAUCAAAAAGAAAUAAUGAUAAAUUGAUCAAAUUUAAAGAUGAUAUUUCUGAAAAAACAACGAUU